AGCCAGUCUCUCUUCUUCUUUCGAUUCAAUUGAAAACAAACGAACAACUCUCCGCACCUCACACACGAUCCUCGUUUUUUUUUGUUUGUUUUUCUUUUAAAAUUUUCUAGGCGACCAAACAGAAAAUAACAGCAGUAAGAUACCAUAUGUGAUACGUUCUGUUUAGUGAACUUUUAUUUUUGUCGACUAUCGAUGGCUUCGACAACAGGUGUUAGUAAUUAUCGAAAUGGCAAUUAUAGCAGUUCUAGAAACUCUCUCAAUACAAGCAGUAGAACCCUUUCUGUUAACUCAAAUCCGAAGAAUUCUGUUAAGUCCAAGUCCUUGACUAGCUCGGGGCUCCGGAAAAGUGCUCCGGCUUCUCUCGGUGCCGCUAAAGAUGAUGCUGGAGUUCCUGGCAGAGUAAGGGUAGCUGUGAGAUUAAGGCCACGAAAUGCAGAGGAAAUGGAGGCAGAUGCUGAUUUUGCUGAUUGUGUUGAAUUACAGCCUGAGGUGAAAAGGUUAAAACUUCGGAAAAACAAUUGGGAUUCAGAUACAUAUGAGUUCGAUGAAGUGCUAACUGAGUUUGCAUCACAGAAACGUGUUUAUGAGGUUGUUGCAAAGCCUGUUGUUGAGAGUGUUUUGGAUGGAUACAAUGGAACAGUCAUGGCCUAUGGGCAGACUGGUACUGGUAAGACAUAUACUCUUGGACGGCUUGGAGAGGAAGAUACUGCUGCUCGAGGAAUAAUGGUCCGUGCAAUGGAGGAUAUAUUAGCAGAUGUUUCUUUGGACACUGAUUCUGUCUCAGUCUCCUAUUUGCAGUUAUAUAUGGAGACUAUACAGGACCUCCUUGAUCCAACUAAUGAUAACAUAUCUAUUGUGGAAGACCCAAAAACUGGAGAUGUUUCACUGCCAGGAGCUAUCCUUGUUGAAAUUAGGGAUCAGCAGAGUUUUCUGGAACUAUUACGAAUAGGAGAAGCACAUCGUUUUGCUGCAAAUACAAAAUUGAAUACCGAAUCUUCUCGUAGUCAUGCUAUUCUGAUGGUACAUGUCAAGAAGUCUGUCAAAGGAAGAGAUUCUGCUCUUUCAAGUGAAAAUCAUAACAACUCCCACAUGGUUAAAAAUCUGAAGCCUCCUGUUGUUCGGAAAGGCAAGCUUGUUGUUGUAGAUCUUGCUGGUUCAGAGCGGAUUGAUAAGUCAGGAAGUGAAGGACAUACACUGGAGGAAGCCAAAUCUAUCAAUCUCUCCUUGAGUGCACUAGGGAAGUGCAUUAAUGCGCUGGCAGAAAAUAGUCCACAUGUCCCAGUUCGUGAUUCAAAGCUUACUAGGCUGCUUCGAGAUUCAUUUGGAGGGACAGCAAGAACUUCACUGGUUAUUACUAUUGGUCCAUCCCCGCGCCACCGAGGAGAGACAGCAAGUACCAUAAUGUUUGGACAAAGGGCAAUGAAGGUGGAGAAUAUGUUGAAAUUGAAGGAGGAAUUUGAUUAUAAAAGUUUGGCUAGACGGCUAGAUAUACAAUUGGACAAACUCAUUGCAGAACAUGAGAGGCAGCAGAAAGCAUUUGAGGAGGAAAUUAAAAGAAUAACUAUAGAAGCACAAAACCAGGUUUCUGAGGUAGAAAAGAACUAUGCGGAUGCAUUACAAAAGGAAAGAUUGAACUAUCAGAAAGAGUAUAUAGAUUCAAUAAAGAAACUGGAAGAAAAAUGGACAAUGAACCAACAAAAGCAUGCUGGUGACCAAAUGGUGGUUGCACCCAAUAAUGAUUGUUCUGAUGUGGCAACUAAAAGAGAGGUUUCAAGGAUGGCUGAGGAAAUUGCUGAGAUAAAAAAAUUGCUACAGAAAGAAACAGUCUUAAGGAAGGGUGCUCAAGAGGAAGUCAAUAAUCUUAAAAGUCAACUAGCUCAAUCCAAGAGAUCGGAGGCAUCAGGAAAUUCUGAGAUUUUAAAGCUUCGGAAGAUGCUGGAAGAUGAGGCUUUCCAAAAGGAAAAACUUGAAGGGGAAAUAGCAUUACUACAAACUCAAUUGUUACAAUUAAGUUUUGAGGCUGAUGAGACAAGAAGAAGACUUGACAGGGAUGGGUCUGAGAAAAUUCUUGGUGAUUUAGAUUCUCAAAUGCCUCAACUUAGACAUCCACAGCUCAGUGAUACAGGAAAUGGGGAAAAGGCCUCAAUAGCUAAACUCUUUGAACAAGUUGGAUUGCAUAAGAUCCUCUCACUGCUUGAAGCUGAAGAUUCUGACGUGCGGAUUCAUGCUGUGAAAGUUGUAGCAAAUCUUGCAGCUGAAGAAACAAAUCAAGAGAAGAUUGUAGAAGCUGGUGGUCUUACAUCACUGUUGGCACUGCUAAAAAGUUCAGAGGAUGAGACCAUACAUAGAGUUGCAGCUGGUGCAAUCGCCAAUCUUGCAAUGAAUGAAACCAACCAAGAGCUCAUAAUGGCUCAAGGCGGCAUUCGUUUAUUAUCAACGACAGCAGCCAAUGCUCAGGAUCCUCAAACACUUCGAAUGGUUGCUGGAGCUAUAGCUAAUCUUUGUGGCAAUGAUAAGUUGCAAAUGAAGCUAAGAGGUGAAGGUGGCAUCAAGGCUUUACUAGGGAUGGUUAGAUGCAGGCAUCCUGAUGUUCUUGCACAAGUUGCUCGUGGAGUAGCAAAUUUCGCAAAAUGUGAGUCAAGAGCAUCAACUCAAGGGAGUAAGAAUGGAAAGUCCCUAUUGAUUGAGGAUGGUGCACUUCCAUGGAUUGUAGAGAAUGCUAACAAUGACGCCUCCCAAAUCAGGCGCCAUAUAGAGCUUGCACUCUGCCACCUAGCUCAACAUGAAGUAAAUGUAAAAGACAUGAUUACUGGAGGUGCACUCUGGGAACUGGUUCGCAUCUCGCGGGACUGUUCGAGGGAUGAUAUAAGGACUCUUGCACAUCGUACGCUAACUUGCAGUCCUACUUUUCAAGCUGAACUGCAGCGUCUACGUGUAGAAUAUUGAUAAAACUGGUGGGGAUACUUGAAGUGGCUUAAUAUUUUGAAGACUUCAGAGAGCACAUAAGGUCAAAAUAGUGUCAUCUGGAAUUAUAUGUCUGUCCUCCUGACAAGAUCAAGCAAGAAGGAAUUCUGCUAUGGCCUUGUUGAAAUUUUGCUAUUAAUUAAGAGGGGUUCGCACAGGUUGAAGUCCCUAUAGUAGCUCGGAGUAUAUACAGAGUCUCAAAUUUGUUGAUUGAAGUUAACCCUAGUGAGUGUAUCCCUUUGUAGCUUGUAGUUGAUGUAUAAAUUUGUUUUGUAUAUGAAAUUAGUAGGGAAACAACACUAACAGUCGAGCAUUUGUUGUAAAGAAAUAAUUUGCAAAUUGAUAUGUUGGAGAUUGCACUAGGCGAUUUACGAUUUCAA